AUGUAUGGACCUUUGCCAAUUAGGGGCGAACUUCCCUUUUGCUAUCCUGGUGAUGAGGGAGAAUGCGGGCUGACUGCUGGGUUCCGCCUCAAACCGCAUUACAAAUACCCGUGGCUUUUCUUAGGUUUGGAAUUCGGCUGGGUCAAUAUGGGCAUUGCUGGGUUGUACUCAGCUCGUAUUGUUUGUGCAAAGAAUCGGAAGCUAGCUGUAGCUGGAUGGGAUGAAGGGAUUAGGAAGAUUCAAGCCCUAAUUAAUGAUGGUUUCACUAAUGUACAAUUAUUUGGUGUUGACCUGUUGGAUGAUACUGUAAAUGUUCCUGUAUUUACCCAGUAUACAGCAGCAAUAGAUAGUGUACCUGUUGUUGUAGCUUUUGACUGUGAUAGUACUGAAGAUGAUACAGAUAUUGAAAGUGUUGAUAGUGAUUAUGAUAGUGAUGCCCUAGGUUUAUUUGAGAGGCAGAAGAAGUGUGAGGUAACUGGCAACCUUGAUAGGUAUAAAACAUUGGAAAAGGGUAUGACUUUCAAAUAUCUUGCUGAAGCUAAGGAGGUUAUUGGUUAUUAUGCCGUGUCUAAUAAGAGGGGCCUUAAGGUAGAUAAGAGUGAUAAGAGAAGACUUAGAUACAAGUGUCAGAUAGGGUAUCCCUUUAAAUGUCUUAUUUCUAAGGAUGGCAAAGAUCAAGGGGUAAAGAUAAAAACUUGGAGGGAUGAACAUGACUGUGGUGAAGUCUUUGAGAACAGAAGAGCUACUCCUGUUGCUUUAGCACAUUAUUUUAAGAGAAAGAUUCAAAAUAAUCCUAAGUUUAAGAUUAAAGAGAUGAAGGUUGAUUUAGAGGAUAGAUUUAGUUUGAAUGUGAGUGACUCAAAGCUAAAAAGGGUAAAGAGAAUGGUUUUAGAGAAAUUGGAGGGUUCUUACUUGGAUGAGUAUAACAAAUUGGAGGCAUAUGCUCAAGAGUUGAGAGAAACAAACCCUGGUACUGAUGUGGUGAUACAGAUAUCCAAGGAUGCAAUGGAGGAAGGUAAGAGAAGAUUUUUGAGGAUGUAUGUCAGUUUCCAGGCCCGCAAGAGUGGAUUCAAAGCAGGUUUGAGACCUUUUAUAGGUCUAGAUGGAACAUUUUUAAAAGGAAAAUGCAAAGGGAUGUUGUUAGUUGCCUGUUCUCAAGAUUCUUGCAAGCAUUUUUAUCCACUAGCUUGGGCUGUAGUGGAUAAGGAAACAAAGACAACAUGGCAGUGGUUCAUGGAGAACUUGAAGGCUUCUUUGGACUUGAAAGAUGGUGAAGGGUACACAUUCAUGUCAGAUAUGCAGAAUGGUCUGUUAGAUGCUGUGAGGAAUGUAUGUCCACAAUCAUAUCACAGAUAUUGUGCAAGGCAUAUUGAAGCAAAUUGGAGCAAACAAUGGAAUACUGAUGAGAUGAAAAAGUUAAUGUAG